AUGCGGAUCCACCGCCCCGGUACCGACCAACACUUGGAGCUCAUCUUCCUAGUCAACGGCAUCCCCGCCUCGGAAUAUGAACUCCCCUCCACCUCAUCCAUCGCUUCCGCCGAUGGCUACCUCGACACGUACAUUGCCGUCCGCCCCAACGACCAGCUUGUCGUGAAGUGGGUGUGGAACGGGUCAAUCCUCCACGGUCAAUUCGACUGGGUGGCUGACGGAACACUGGUCCGCGAGAACCGCAUCGAAGGCGACAGUCAGAAUGGAAUGGUCAAGCACCGACAAAAGUCAUGGAAAUUCGACUAUGCUAUUGACUGUCCCACGCCAGAAGAUUGGAAGAGCAGCGAAUUGAGUAAGGAUUUGUACGAGGGUAAUCUCGUCGUGACGCCUCUCAAUCCGCAUGACUUGUUUGAAGUUGCAGGAGGUGAACGACCGGGCGUGGGAAGUUUGGUGUUUGUGGCGAGCGUCAAUCAACACACACGCGAUGAAUACGACGACGCGGAGAAGAGUGUGGAAGUGGGGAGUUGGAAGAAGCGAGUGGGAGAUUUAGUCCGUCAGGCGGAUAUCCCGCCGGAGUAUGCGCUGGAAUUGCAAUUGACGAGUGAUGAUAAGAUCAAGUCGAAGCGGAGCAUUCAGCAUCGCACGCGCUUCAAGCAGACGCGGUUUGGGAAGAAGGCGUGGGGGAAAAUGUGCUUCUACUAUCGUUCUCAGGAGGCCAUUCUGCAGGCCGGAGGAGUGGCGAGGGAGGAGGGGAAAGUUUUGGAGGUUGAGGCGUGGGAGAGCGAGGGGAGGGAGUUCAUCACGGUGGAGCCGAUGAAGAAGACGGGGCAUCACAAGCGCAAGGCGGGCAAUACCCCGUUCAGUGAGGAUGGGACGGAAGAUGGGAGUACUUUGUUCGUGGGAGGAGGGAAGCCUUCUUCUCCCGAGAGGGUGAUCAAGGUGGAGUAUGUCAGUGAGAGGGCCACCACUCCCAAGCCGAAGAAGAAGGCCAAGUUGGGGGGCAAGUUGUUCCCGAGUCCGGAGAAGCCGAAGCCCAUGACGGAAUUGGAGGGUGAGGAUGAUGUUGAUGUGGAGGAGAAUGUAUUGAUACAGGUCGAUAUCCCUGAUGAUCCUUGGCCAUCCUUCCUCGCCGCCAGCAAUGACGACGUCCAACACCAAAGCAGUCGACUUUCCAGCGCGGUGGAAUCAGCAGUUCCGCCCACUGUGACCAAACCCCCCACCGACUUCGACUCCCUCUUCGACUCAGCAACAUCCCAAACAUCGGCAUCCGCUCCUCCCAUCCGAGCCGCUACUCUCCCAUCUCCUGAGUGGAAGUUUCCCUCGCUGUCUCCAACACCCAAUCUCCCCGCUCCGGAGUGGAGCUUCCCGCCGCAGUCUCCUCGACUGAAUCUCCGACCCACGUCACCGCAAGCCAAUGAAGCAGCAAACAAACCCCGCCCCACCACUUCCACCUCCAAUUCUGCCACCACCACCUCCACUUCCUCCCGCAACACCCUACUCCCGCCGUCACGACCGUCACCAUCACCUCCUCCCGACGAUCCCCCUCCACAGCCAAGAAUGUCGGACAAUUUCUACAUUCCCAGCGCGCGAGAAAUCGCGACGGAACUCGAGGAGGGCGGCACCCCACGUGCUCACCUCGACGCGUAUCUUUACACGCGCAGCAAACACUUCACCGAUCCCUCCGCCGCCGUCGCCAUCUACCAUCAACGCGUGGAUUCCGUCGCGGUGUUGAAAGGCGAUGGAAAGUACUACGCCAGAGGAGGUAAAGAAGAUGUGGCCUCCGCCGCAUCGGUGGUGAAGCCGAGAAGAGUUGUGUCGAAGAAGCCAUCAGCGGCGGCAAACACCAAGCCCGCCGCUUCACGCGGCAAACUUGAAGCUGCUGCCACCCCUUCUACCUCUUCUUCGGGUCUUCCACUCCGCUCCUCUGUUCUUGAUGCGAAUGCUAAGCAAGCCAAAUCCAAUUCCGACACGACCCACGCUCAUCAGCACCGUCAACAAGAACAGCAUCACCGACAAGUCCCAACAAUGGCACCAGCUCCCGCGAAACCCCUGCCUCCACCAAAGCCCGCACCAACACUCGCCCCGUCCAAACGCAAGCGUCCCGAAACAUCCCCGACCACUUCUUCCCCCGCUCCCUCAUCAACCAUCACUGCCACCCCAGCAGCAGCCCCAACCACAACUUCCAUCCGCCCCACAUCCACAUCCACUCCAACUAGCACCACAUCCACAUUCACUCCAACUACAACCGCAACCACCAAACGUGCCAAACUCACCACUUCCUCAACAUCCUCCCCAACAACAACAACAACCACAUCAAUCGCCACAACAAAUCUCAACCGCAUCAAACAAGCCAAACAGCACAAAGCCACGCUCAAGAAAUCCCUCCUGGGAACCAACGCCUUGAUUAAAGAGGCCGAGAAGAAAAUCCAGAAGGAGGAGGAGGAUGUGUUGGAAUUGGAGAGGUUGAAUGUUGAGGCCGAGGGACGCUUGAGGGGGUUGUUGGAGGUUUUGGAGGGGGAGGAGGAUGAUGAGGAUGAUGAGGAAAUGGAGGGAGGGGAUGGUGGGGAUGGUGAGGAGGGUAUGGAGGGUAUGGAUUGA